CCCUGGCAGUUGGAGCCGUCGCUAGUGGGGGCUGGUCUCAUCCCUAUGGUCUCAUCACAACAUCAUCAGGGCGUUUCAGGCAACACAAACACACGGCAGCGGGCCCCCUUAUCUUGGAAUUGGUUCACCCUGAAUGGGACAGCAGUUCCUUUACAUGCAGACGACAUGACAUGUUGAAGUAGAUAAAAUGAACAAACCCAAAAUGGCCACAGAUAAAGGCGUUCCCAGUAACUCCAGGGUCCUGAUGCUCCUGGCCCAACUGGAGAGGAUGAAUGGAGAGACCAUGGUGAGAGAUGUCGAAACAGCAAGACAGGUCACUGCAAAGAUAUAUCAUCUCAUACAGACACAGGAGAAGAGCGGAAAAGAGGUGAUGUCCAAAGGCUCCAGUGGCAUGGAGGUCAUCCUGGCUUCGCUGGAGAACACCAGGGACGUCCCAACCACUCUGAACAUCUUGUACAUACUCAGUGAGCUGCUGACUGUGGGCAGAGGUCGCAGGGUAGGAGUAUUUGUGUCUAAAGGAGGAACAGGAAUAUUAUUCCAGAUUCUGAUCGGUGCCAGUAAAGAGUUGCCUCCCAGUGAAGAACUCAUGCUACAGCUUCACUCACUGCUUGCCAAGGUUGGACCAAAAGACAGAAAAUUCGGAGUAAAGGCGCGUCUGAGCGGCGCGCUGAACGUCACGGUCAACUUAACGAAACAGAACCUACAGAAUACUAAACUGCUUCUGCCCUGCCUGCAGGUUCUCAGGGUUUACUCCACCAACUCGGUGAAUGCUAUUUCUUUGGGCAAGAAUGGAGUGGUGGAAAUCAUGUUCAAAAUUGUGUCGCCAUACAGCAAGAAGAACACCAGCCUGCUUAAGGUAGCUCUGGAUGCACUGGGAGCGCUGCUCAAAUCCAAAACGAAUGCUCGCCGUGCAGUGGAUGGCGGACAUGUGCAUAUCUUGCUCGCUCUCUACCAGGAUUGGCAUCGCAAUGACACACGCCAUCGCCACAUGCUGAUUCGCAAAGGGCUGCUGGUCUGCCUCAGGAACAUUACCAACAUCAAGCUCGGCAGGAAAUCAUUCAUAGACGCUGAUGGCAUGCGGAUCCUCUACAAUUCCUCCACUGAGUGUCUCCCGGUGCGGACUCUGGAUCCACUCGUCAACACUUCAAGUCUCAUCAUGAGGAAGUGUUUUCCUAAGAACCGUCUGCCUCUGCCUACCAUCAAAUCGGCCUUCCACUACCAGCUGCCACAUAUACCUGCUGCAGGUCCUGUGGCGCAGCUCUACAGCCAGCCACCUGGGGGAAGAAAGAUUCUUCAGCUCUGCAACAGGCCCUUAAAGAAGGUGGAUGAUGUGGUAGAUGAAAGUGAUAACGAGGAGACAGACGCAGACACAGAGAACGAUACUGAGAAUGAAGAAGACGAGAAGGAUCAAAACACUGCGAAUGAUGACAUAGAGACGGACCUCAACAAGCUGCAUCCCAAAAAGAACCCUGGCCGUCCGUUCGAGGAGUUGAGGGUCUAUGAGAGGUUCUUCUUGGAGCUUUCUGAAGACUUCCAGGGUUAUAACUUUGAAUCCUCAAAGAGUGCCUCUACCACAUCAUCUUUCUCCUCAUCGUCAGCCUCGAAUCGAUCCUCUCGGCCAAUCAUAGUGCCCACAGCUCAAGCCCUGUCCCCAAAGCACGCCCACACAUUGAGCUCUCAGGAGGAUUGCAACCCAACAAAAGGACAGCCCCCCCUGCCGGCUCCAUCAGCUCCCACUCCUGCUCCCCCUCUCACACCUCUAGAACUGGACACCAUCCACCUCACCAAGGACCAAGAGGCCCACAUUCCUUCCCCCGACACACGUACAACAUUGCCCUCCCUCGCCAGGCCUCCAUCUCAAGGGCAGAUGAUGGAACAAGACCUAGCACAUGUGUUUGAGUGUGUCUCUCUAGAACAGGAGGGGGCCCUGAACUCAGGAGAAGGAGGAAGGGGACUCAAACAAGAUGGAUCCCCAGUCAAUGCCACGAGACACAUUCAGUCUCCUCUGCUUUUGGGAGGUAUUGCUACCCGUCGUGUGGGAGGAGGCAGCGGCAGUAACCUGGGUUCAGAGUGUGGCUCAGAGGGUGCCGAGGAUGAGGGGGGGGAAGGAGCCGUUUUGGAGGUGCCAGACACUGCGCUGCUGCUCCCGCUGCACGACCCCGACCUCUAUGUGGAGAUGGUGAAGGGAACACACUCUGUACCCCAGUACGCAGAAGUGGCUUACCCAGACUACUUCGGACAUGUACCCCCAACAUUUAGGGAACCCCUUCAGGAGAGAGUUUAUGGUGUUCAGAGGUCUAAAAUAUUCCAGGACAUCGAGAGGUUAAUCCAUCCUAAUGAUAUUGUGGAUAAAGUAGUUUAUGACCUAGACAUUCCCAGUUGUCCUGUGGUUGAAGAUGAUGGUGAAUCACUGAAGUUCAACUCUCAGUUUGAGUCUGGCAACCUCAGGAAGGCAGUUCAAGUUAGGAAAUAUGAGUAUGACCUUGUGCUGAAUUCAGACAUCAACAGUAAUCACUACCACCAGUGGUUCUACUUUGAGGUGAGUGGCAUGCGUGUCGGAGCCACCUACCGCUUCAACAUUAUCAACUCUGAGAAGUCCAACAGCCAGUUCAACUAUGGCAUGCAGGUGCUAAUGUACUCUGUGCAGGAGGCGAUCAGCGGCAAGCCUCGCUGGGUCAGAACAGGAACAGACAUCUGUUACUACAAGAAUCACUUUGCCAGGAGUUCCAUUGCAGCUGGUGGUCAGAAAGGAAAGUCUUAUUAUACGAUGACCUUCAGCACAAGCUUCAGCCAUAAGGAUGACGUCUGCUACUUCGCCUACCAUUACCCUUAUACAUACUCCACUCUUAAGAUGCACCUGUCCAAACUGGAGGCUUAUAGAACCCCUCAUAUCUACCUGAGACAGGACGUCCUGUGUGAAACUUUGGGAGGAAACAGCUGCCCCCUUCUCACCAUCACUGCCAUGCCAGAGUCCAACUCCAAUGAUCACAUCUGUCAAUUCAGGAAUCGUCCGUUGAUCUUCCUGUCGGCCAGAGUGCACCCUGGGGAGACCAACGCCAGCUGGGUAAUGAAGGGCACACUGGAGUUCCUGAUGGGCAGCAGCCCACUAGCAGGCAGUCUGAGAGAGUCAUACAUCUUUAAAAUAGUCCCCAUGCUUAACCCUGAUGGAGUAGUGAAUGGAAAUCAUCGUUGUUCUCUGAGUGGAGAGGAUUUGAAUCGCCAGUGGCAGAAUCCCAACCUUGAGCUCCACCCCACCAUCUACCACACUAAGAGCCUGCUGCAGUACCUUGCACACAUACAAAGAGCACCACUGGUCUAUUGCGACUACCACGGCCAUUCGAGGAAGAAGAAUGUGUUCAUGUACGGCUGCAGUGUGAAGGAGACCGUCUGGCAGUCCAAUAUCAGCGCCACGUCCAGUGACUUACAGGAGGACCUUGGAUACAGGGCCCUUCCUAAGAUCCUGUCCCAGAUCGCCCCGGCCUUCAGCAUGGGGAGCUGUAGUUUUGUUGUGGAGCGAUCCAAAGAGUCAACCGCCCGCGUUGUUGUGUGGAGAGAGAUAGGAGUGCAACGCAGCUACACCAUGGAGAGCACGCUCUGUGGCUGUGACCAGGGAAAAUACAAGGGUCUUCAGAUCGGCACCAGGGAGCUGGAGGAGAUGGGAGCUCAGUUCUGCGUGGCCCUGCUGAGGCUGAAGAGGCUUACGGGGCUCCGCAAUCACCAACACCUGCUGGAUUUAGAGAGCGAUAUCAUCGGGCCGCACACUAAAGUGGUCAGCAGCAGCUCCACCACCUACGUGAUGGAGGAGGACGAGCCGUCCUUUCUGGAGGCGAUAGACUACAGCGCAGAGAGCGGCGAUGAGGACGGAGAGCCUGAAACCGAGCACGUCACCGAACUCCCAGAAAACCCCGAUCACCCGGAGCAGCUGUCAGACUCUGAGACCAAUCACAGGGAAUAAUGCUGAGCUGUUUAUCUCCUUUACACCUGGCAAUACUAGCAUAAACAUGUCACUGCUUGGAUUUUAAGCUGAUCUUAAAUAUUUUAUAGGUGUAGUAGUCAGGACCCUCCCUUUGCCUGGUUGAUAAAUACCUUAGCUCACCACCUGACCCUGUUACAUAGACACCUACUGAUAUUAUGUAGGCGACAUUGAGGUGCUCCUCCCAGUCGGAUCCGUGUUGCCGGCCCACUGGAGACAACUCUGUCGCUCAAUGAAUGUUCACACCUCUCACCAUCAUACUAUAACCUCCAUGAAGCGUAACCCCUGACCUCAGACACCAUAUAGCCUCUGAGAUUCACGUAUAUCUAGCCGGAGCAGCAAACAGCACCACAGGUCCUUAACUUGAACCCGCGUCCACUCGCUCAUGUCUCACAGCUGACCUUACACUAAAGCUGCCUGACGAGGCUGUACUAUUGUAACGGAGCUGCUGUAGGUACUGUUUUUAAACCCCUCACUCACAUCACCCUGUGUUUGGUGAUAAGAGAUCCAACCAACCUGCCUUCUUAUUUCCUUUACCUUUCUUCAGUCUGCACUUUAACUUUUUACUCCUUUUGGUGACACUCCCUUAUGUCCUUUCUUGCUUGCGUCCGUCCUACUUCCUUUCCUUUUUUUCUGACAAACCAAGGUAGUGGUUGUCUUAAUGGGGAGACCAAACGGCUCAAUCUUAGCUUAGCUGCAGGUUAUCCUCUUUCAUCCUGAGUGUAGUGUGUAAAAACACCUCCUCAGAUCUACCUUGAGUCGUGACCUCACUCAUCCUCUCUUUAACUCCUCCCUCUUUGGCUGCAGUGCACGUGGUCCCAUCACCCAUGUGCUGUUUGCCCUGCUUUAUCCAAAAUGGAAGCUAUUAUAUUGCUAAAUGUAGAAUGUUCACAUCUUCGAGACAAACCUUGUAGUAUAAAAUAAAUGCAGAUAUAAAAAACACACAAUAACUAAUAACACAGGUCUGGUUUGAGGUCCUCGUUCAUGCACAGCAUAAUAAAACAUGAAGAUGGAAUGUAAAAUACACACACGCACUGUUGGUGUUUUAAUUGUUUUUAAUAAUAGACAGUAUUAUAAUGUUAGGCAAAGCAGUAGCGAACAAGACGCAUGAGCUGCCGGGAGCAGAAAACCCUUUUGCACUUUGGAUAAACACUAGACGCAAAACAAAGAGAAACAAACACUUUACAUGUCACAGUUAGCUAACUUCAACUUCAGUCCUCUCACUAGUGUGAAGUUCUCAGAGCCCGGCACAAAGCUGGCGCAUACUUUGUUGUUUUAAAAGUUAUACUGGAAUUUAGUUUCCCUCUUAUCCUUUCCUCCAAUCUAUAUGUAUAUUUGUGGAUUUUCAGAGGAGAGACCCAUGCAUAUAAACAGAUGGUGCUUUGUAUUGAGAGUAAAAAUGUAGUUUGUUUGUUUGAUUAUGUCUUUUAUUUGUUCUUGGGGAGAAGGUAUGUUUCUGUUGUACAGCGAGUGCAUGGCUAUUUUCUCUUGGUUAUAUUUUGUAAUUUAUGAGAUGGAAACCUGUAUGUAUAUGAGGCUUUUUGAGUGAGUAUGAGUGCAAGUGAGUGUGUGUGUGUAGGAGUUUUAAGUUAUUCCAUUAUUCAGCUCAGCUAAUGCUCUUACAGUGUGUUUCUCCUUAUUUGAUUAUCCGCUCUCACCCUCCUUCACUCUACCCAAUCACGUUCUCUCUCUCCGUCACUUCAACCUCUUUCAUUUCCUUGUUUUUCUCUUUCUCUCGGCUUACUUUCCUUUCAGAUUUUACUCAUGAACAACAGAUAUAGCUAGGGAGGUCAUUGUUCCUGGCAUCUGUGUGUAUAAAGGAUAUAUGAUCUGAAAAAUGUCCCUCUGAAUUAUGUGUGCUGUACUUAUUUAUGUUUGUCUGUAGAAUGUUAUGUCUGGUUAUUUUUGUUUUGUGUUUGUUUUGAGGUAAACAGGCUGUGAUAGCGACUCAUUUUAGGUUGAUUGUAAUGCAGAAAAUGGGAAGCCAUGGGAAAUAAAAUGUGAAUGUGGUAAACUG